AUUGUCUUCACAUACCAUCAUUGUCUUCAAUGUCUUCACACAUUUUUAGGGGUCAUCUCCGGUAGGUAAACCGAAUCAAUGAGGGACUACUACCUGUGUUAUCCUGCAAUUCUCAUAAACACAUUAGUCCCUCAACCAGGUUUGUCGUCAAUACUCUAAAACCAACUAGGGGUGGCACUAGAUGCACUUACAGUUUUGAUGGCUUUUUGCGACAUGUUUGUUAUGUUUCAGAAUAUUUUUGAAACUGAAAUUUGAAAAGAGCAUGAGUUUUGAUAGGAUUUUAUAUAUUCUUCGGUUGCUUACUGUAAUCUUUUGAAACUGAAAUUUGAAAGAGCAUGAGUUUUGAUAGGAUUUUAUAUAUUCUUCGGUUGCUUACUAUAACCUGUACCUUCUGGUAGAUUGAUAUAGAUAUAAUCAUACUGAGUUCCUAUAAUUUCGCCAUCACAAAGAUGUUCUAUUUGUUUGGUUUGAUUUAUUGUGAUGACCAUCAGAAAUCACCUACAUAUGCUAUUCAUACUAUUGAAUUUAGUUCUAGCGACCCCGAGGAAGUAAUGUGUUGUACGCCUGACACAUGAUUGAGAAUUAACUUGCUUGAAGAUAUGGUUCAGCUCCAACCUCUUUUCCAAAUAUCAAUGGGCUGUUGUUUUUGGAAAUUUUGAUCAACACUCCGGAAAAAUGUAUGAUGUGCCUUUUUUACUUUGGAGUAUCAGUAUGCAAACUCCAGAAUUGGAGUAUUAGCAUGAAAACUCCAGAAUGUUUAUGUGGUCCUGAUACACACAUCAUGAAGUUGGUAACUGUUGUGGUAUUUAUAUUCAGAUUUGACAGGAAUAAAAACUGAACCUAUUAAAUAGUUAUGUUAAGCUAGAUGGGUUUACUCAUAUUCCAUCGCUAGACGAACUAGCCGCAAGAAGCACGGUUAAAAUUCAGCUCCAUUUGAUUUACAUUCAGAUCAUCUUGCUGCAACACCACUACUUUUCUUGAUAGCAAACAACCAGUUUCAGUAAUCAUAUAUUGCUUUUCUGAUUUGUUUAUUCUAUUAUACCAUAGAUAUCGUAAGAGAUAGUUAAUCACUUAAUGGAAGUGUUUUGUUCAGUCAAUUGAGUGCCUGCUGGUCUGAUUAGUUUAUGUAUGUCAUAGUUCCUUUUAAUAGUUAUAUAAGUUGCAAUUCCCAGACAAGGCAUAUGUUCUAUUGUUUCUCAGGUUUGUGCAUUCCAAGCCUGCCUUAGGACAACCCUUGUGAUAGUAUGCCUAAGAUAAAGUUAGGCCGUGUCGAAUAUACUGAAGGGUGGGUUCUUAUUGAACCCACAAUCCGUGAGCUGGAUGCCAAAAUUAGAGAAGGUAUGCAUAUUAUCAAGCAUGCUAUCCAUCGAUGUGACCUUUUCAGAUGUCGAUUGAUAUUUCGUACUACAGGAUGAGUACUAAUAUGAUCUGCAUGCACAGCUGAAAAUGAUACACAUGACAGGAAGAGAAAGUGUGAAGCACUCUACCCAAUUUUCCGCAUUUCAAGAAGCCAUUACAUUUAUGAUCUUUUCUAUAGAAGAAGGAAGGAUAUAUCAAAUGAGCUGUAUGUGUUUUGCCUGGACCAGGGUUAUGCAGACCGUAAUCUGAUUGUAAAGUGGAAAAGUGGGUAAACAGAUGGCUAGGCUGCCUUUAGAUCCAAUGUACUCCAAGGCAUUGAUAGUGUCUACCGAAUUCAAGUGCUUGGAAGGAAUGUUGAUUGAUGUUAGUAGCUACAGUUAUCUGCAAUGUGACGACGUACAGGAGCAAUAAGAAGGAUCUCAUGACUUAUCGGCUACCGAGCAGAACCACAUAUAGCCGUGUCUCCUUUGCUGCAUCAAGGAUAGAAACCUUGAUAAAGGAAAAGCUUGUCAUCCUUGAAUGUCUUGUCACCAUACUCCCUGACAUGAGAACCGAUAUUGGAGUCAUUUGGGGGUGCCGUUCUUGCUUUAACCACCUCGUUCCUGCUUUCGCCCAGCCUCAAGGGUGCAAUCAAUCAAAGAGAUGUUGAUAUUCUUUUCAUGUGGAAGAAGCAUGAGCAGUUAAAUGUUGGAUCAGAGGAGAAGCAGAGGGCUCUCAGGGAGGUCAAAGAAACUGUGUUACACAGGAAGCAUCUCGACAGCAGUAUCGAUUUCAUCGGGAAGCUUGUCUUUGGAUUUGAGGGGCCUUCGGUGCUUGAGGCUACUAAAGGCCCUGGCCAGCCAUUAGUAGACUAUUGGGAUUGUCUGAAGACGAUGGUGCGAGUUUUCGAGUCCCAGUGCGGAUCACUCACUCAGUAUGGCACGAAACACAUGAGGGCGUUCACAAACAUCUGCAACAGUGGCGUCUCUGAGACCGAGAUGAAGGAGGCAAGCAUCAGCGCUUGCGACAGCUACAACAUGGGUAAGUGGAGCCCGCUGGUUCUAGGGCACAGCGCCUGGUCGGCUGCACUACAGUAGUACAUGCAUGGGAGCAGUACCAAAUGCUCCAGAGGUUCGUAGCUAGACCUCAUAUAUGGUGUGUGUGUGUACAUAUAUACAUUGUUUUAAACAUGCAAGAAACAAGCCGACGAUGCGCCCCAUGUGGUGUCGGGUCAAUCAGUAGUUUAUGAUCGUGCUCGUGAUUUGACUGUAGUCAGUUGAAAGGCAAUGAUUGUUGUGCAUGCUAUGCAUAUGAUUCGUAUUUGUGGAUUUUGACAUCAAUAGUUUAUCUAGAAGAAAUA